AUGCCUCAUCUCAACAAAGAGGAAAGAUCAAUAUGCUGGAAAUCAAGAGAUGAUUACUGGAAGUGUUUAGACAAAGCUGAAGCAAGCAAGCAAUUAGACCCAGAAAAAGCAUGCCAAGAUCUGUACCAGGUUUUUGCAUCAAAAUGCCCUGGUCAAUGGGUUAAACACUUUGAGCGAAAACGUAAAUUUGAAGUGUUCAAGAAGAGAAUAGUUGAAGAAGGAUUCGAGCCUAUUCCAGAAGAAAAAAAGUGAGACUAGUUGAUAAAUUUACAGUGUUAAAUGUGCGGAUGUGCGAAUUUCAAUGAAUGAGUGACAAGUAGAAUAUUAUUGUACAAA